AUGCCACCGAAACUCAGUCACCAAGUCGCUCUGCCUGAAGCGCGCGGGCUCAAGUAUGACGAAACCGAUAUGGCGCUCUUUCACGCCAAGCUCUCCUACCAUUCCACGAUCGAAGAACGCAUGGCGUCGAAAGACCCCAAUCUGGCGUCCAUCUCAGAGCAUCAAGCGCGAAUCUUGAGGCGCUGGGAGAUGCUGAAACACUCGGAAAAAGAGAUGGCGGACAAAGGCAAGAGCCUGUCGCCGGCCGAAAGAAAUCAGCUGGCGCAGUACGAAUGGCGAUACAAGCGAUUGGAAGAGUUAGUCACCAAGAGCACGGGUUAG